AUGAAUAAAAGCGCCACUGACAAUAGUAGUAGAGAAGAAGCAAUUUACGAUGCUUGUAGGAAUGGUUUAUUAGCUAAAUUAAAAAGUAUAUUACAUUCAGCUAAGACGUCACUGGUUAAUCGGCUUCUGAAACCAAUGGAUUCGCGUGUUGAACAGCGAUAUUUAACAACUCCAUUGAUGAUUGCUUCAAGAUAUGGGCAUAAUAAUAUUGUCAAACUUUUACUACGUAAAAAAUACCAUUGUGCUGUUGACCAAGUUGUACAGUAUGUUCCUUUGGAUCCUUACUCGUUUAACGCUAAUGUUACAGCGCUUUGGAUUGCUGUCAAAGCUAAUCAUUUCGACGUUAUCCGUACACUUGUUUCUAUUGGUCAUGCAGAUGUGAAUUACUAUGCCCAACACCCACAUUUCACGCCUCUUUUUGAAGCAUGUGACAAUGGUUAUUUAGACAUUGUUAAAUAUUUAUUAAAAAAUGGAAGUGAUAUAAACGCUGUUAACAGCAAGGGAACAAGACAAAAAAUGACGUGCUUAAUGGCUGCUGCUGAGGAAGGACAUUAUGAUGUUGUUCAGUAUCUGUUAUAUGUACAAAAGGAGAGCAAGUAUUUAUCUUCCUUCGUCAAUACAGUAGAUCCGAUCGGAGUAACAGCACUGUUUUAUGCAGCAGAAAAAGGAUAUCUGGAAAUCAUGAAGCUGCUAUUAGAUAAUGGUGCAUUUAUGUUAAUAAACAGUGAGUCAUGGUUCAUGGCACCGCUGAUAGUCGCUUCUCACAGACACCAAUGUCAUAUCGUUAACUAUUUUCUACUCGAUGAAACAUCAAAGUAUCUCACUCUAUUGCAACGUAUCGAAGCGCUUGAGUCACUUGCCCUCUCAUAUCUACCUAACUGCACAUAUAAUAACCAUAUCAAUAACGAUGUUCUUCACAAAUUUUAUGGCUAUCUUCUAUCCUCCAUGAAACUACGUUAUAGUGAGAACUUAGAAAAACCGCUACUUAAAGAAAAUCGAUUAUCUUUACCGAUUGCAGCUUGCCAGUAUCGCACUGAAUGUCAAUCUGUUGAAGAUUUAAAACUAUUAGAAAAUGAUAUCAUUUUCCUAAUGAUCGAAGGUCUGAUGCUAGCGGAACGGAGAGAACGGGAUGUUGGGUCCAAGUAUCUCGGUGCACUCUACGCUCUUGCUAGUUUAUAUUUUACAGGAAAACAACUUGAACAAUGUUUUCAAGUGUGGAUUUAUACGUAUCGGAUGGCUAUUAAGUCAAAUACCUAUGUCGAUUGCUAUCAACUUGCAUUUUGUUUGAUUGAAUUCAAAGAUCAAGAAGAAAUUUCAGUUGAUUAUUAUCUGGAAAUACUCUCUCUUUCUAUGGAACUCGUGCAACAAAAUAAACCAACAGAAAUAUGGCCAGGAAACUACCACUGGGAAGAUGAAGAGGAACGUGAACGUCGUCGACCAUGUGGCACAGGCAUGUUUCGAAACAUUGCUCGGAGAGCUGAACAUGAAUAUGCGUGUCGCGUCGAAUCUCGCCUUUCAACAGCGUAUCGAACUGCCGAUGGAGUUCGUUACUGA